AUGGAGAUGUCAUGUCUCGAUGACCCGAUGAUCAUUCAUAAAACAUUCAACCAGCUGGGCAAUGAUGUACCCGUUCAGAGGGUGUCAUCAAGUUACAGCGAAACUCUGCAGCGAAGGAACAUGCUGCUGGGUUCAAGGCCACCUGGUUGUGUUGACAAGUGCAUGAAUUGCAGACCUUGCAAGGCUACUCUGGUCAUUCCUUCUCAUGACCAAAGGAAGGGUUACAGAGAAUCAUCUCAUAGAGAAGAUGAUAGCUAUUACCUCCUCUCAUGGAAGUGCAUAUGUGGAGACAAGCUCUUUCACCCCUGA